AUGUCGGAGAGCGACCGUGCCUCGUUCGCCGCUUAUGAUAAGCCGCAGGCCACGUGGAGACAUAGCUACGUGACCACGCAAAACACGCCCGGAGACUGCUCACAUCCCGAUAUCCCGGGCUCCAACAAUGGUCCCACUAUCGGGCCUAUCGCGGAGGGCGGGCCCGGGCCGAACCUCCCACUCAGAGUGCCGCUGCAGCUCCUCGACGCGUCCUCCUUCCCGCACGCGCGCUGCAUGGACGGGUCGCCCGCCGGCUUCUACCUCGCACGAAACCGCUCCUCUCCCGACUGGAUCUUUGAGCUCCAGGGCGGCGGCGAGUGCGCCAGCCGCUCCGGCUGCCUCAGCCGUGCGGCGACGGCGCUGGGCUCGUCGCUUCACUUUCCGCCGUCUGCCACCCUCUCCUUCCUGCUUCAGGACACAUACGCCAACCCGCACCUCCGCUCGUGGAACCGCGUGCACCUGCCCUACUGCUCGCAGGACCUGUGGACCGGCCAGCGUACAGUCCGGUCGCGCGAGACAUUCGACUACUACUUUUCCGGCCACCUCAUCGUCGACGCCGUGCUCACGCACCUCGAGCGGCACUCGGACCUCGGCUCAGCUCGCCGCAUCAUCCUGACCGGCGAGUCGGCGGGCGGCAUCGGCGUCUGGCCACACCUCGACUGGCUCGCCCAACGCUACCCGCGCGCAACGGUCGUCGGCGCGCCCAUCGCCGGCUUUUACUUUUACGCGCACCCCUACACCGGCCCAGGCCACACGGCGUCCCACCUCGCCGAUUUUCGCGAGGCGGCCUGGCCGGGCCAUUACGCGCUGUGGCAGUCGUUCGUCGACGAAAGCUGCGCGGCAGCUUUCCCGACCGCGCCGUGGCGCUGCCUCCUCUCAAACUCCUCCUGGCCGUACGUCUCCAGCCGCGCAUUUGUGAGCGAGGCGCAGAGCGACAAGGCGCACGACUGGGUGCCAGCCUCGCAGGACCCGGACUGGUCGCCGCACGUGCUGCGAUACCUCUCCCAGUGGCAGGUCAACAUGAGCGCCGCGCUGGCGCCGCUGAUGGACCCCGCCUCGCCCCACGGCGUCUUCAACCCCGCCUGCUUCCUGCACACCGGCUUCUCGGCGCACGCGCCGCUGAUCGCGAACCACAGCUACCUCGAGGCGUUUGGCGAGUGGUACUUCCGAGGCACGCCGGUCAAGCUGCAGGACCGGUGCGGCCUCCUCUGCAACCCGACGUGCGCGCACUCGGGGUCUCACCCGGCGUCGACGGGCGCCGCCGCGGCGCCGAGUGAGGCGGGGUCUCACCCGGCGUCGACGGGCGCCGCCGCGGCGCCGAGUGAGGCGGCGGCCCUCCUGUCGCUCGCUGGCGGAGAGCCACGCACGGAUCCCGAGCCGCCGAUGCCGCACCUCGCAUGCAGGCCGCGCCUGCUCGGCCGCAGCAUGAAGGCCGCUGGCCACGACCUCGCCCAGUCGCGCCGAGCCAACACCUCCGAGGCUUGCGCUGCCGCGUGCUGCGCAGACGGCCGGUGCGCCGGUGCGCUCUUUGAGCCAGCCUCGGCCAUCAGCUGGCAUGGCUGCGUCAAGGGCGAGCCGUGCUGCUUCCUCAAGACGAGCGUGGCGGACGCGCAGCCCCUCCCUGCGCCGUCGCCGGGAUUCCAAUCCGAGCUUUGGAAGAUGGACGGGCGAUCGCAAGACCCAGAGACGCUGGGAUUCCUCGCCGCCGCCCUCGGCUCGCACAUGGUGCUGCAGCGCGCCCCGCUAGCUGCUACCGUCUGGGGGUUUACCGCGCCUGGCGCCACCGUGACGUCGACGAUCGCGCCGGCCAGGCCCGAAGAGUGCGAGGCGGUACCCGCGCUCGCCUCGGGCGGCGCAUGCGCGACGCGCACUCUGACCUGCAAGGCGGGCGCCGACGGCGCUUGGCGGCAGGCGCUCCCGCCGGUUGCAGCGUCCACGGUUGCGUUUUCGCUCACGUUUGCGUCCUCAAACUCGAGCGCGGAGCGCGCAGAGCUGCACAACGUCUUAUUCGGCGACGUCUACUUGUGCGGCGGCCAGAGCAACAUGGAGUUUGCGAUGCCGGCAGACGCCAACGCCUCGGCCGAGAUCGCUGCGGCCGACGCGUAUCCUCACAUACGCAUCUUCUCGGUCGGCCAUCGCACUUCGUCCGCCACGCCGCUGCGAGACCUGCAGACCGUCUGGGAACCGUGGCAAGUGGCGAGCCGUGCGACCAUCGCCAAGGACUUCACGCCGCACUCGCACCUCUUCGCGACCUUCUCCGCCGUCUGCUGGCACUUCGGAAAGUCGCUUUCCGACCGGCUCGCGGCUCGCGGCAGUGUCGUGCCUCUCGGCCUCGUGAGCAACAACUGGGGCGGCACCAAGCUCGAGAUGUGGGCACCCGCAACAGUCUUUGAUGAGUGCGGCGUCUCCCCGCCCCCGCAGCCGCUCGGCGGGCCGAUGUGGAACGCCAUGAUCCUACCAUACGCCGCGGGCCCGAUGGCGCUGAGCGGCUUCGUCUGGUACCAAGGGGAGGCCGACACGGCGACCACUGCCACGGCGGCGCUCUACCGCUGCACCUUCCCAAAGAUGAUUGGUGCGUGGCGCGAUGCGUUUCGCCAGCCCACCGCGUUCUUCGGGUUUGUGCAGCUUAGUACCUGGUGCGGGGGAGGAGAGCUUGCCGAGGCGCUGCCGGCGAUGCGCGACGCGCAGAUGGGCGCUGCCGCGCUCCACGGAGUCGCCUACGCGACCAACGCCGACCACGGCAUGGGCUGCGCCAUUCACCCAGCCUUCAAGCGGCCCGUCGCCGAACGUCUCGCCACCGCUGCCCUCGCCGUGAGGUACAACGAGAGUGUCCGCUGGCGCUCGCCGAGGUACGUCACGGCCGAGCAGACGACGCCUCAGGCCGAGGGCACCGUUACGGUGGAGAUUUCGCUGCGCGACGUCAGCCCCGCCGGGCUUCACCUGCGGCGGCCAUUCAAUUACUUCUCCCCCGGCUACGCCGCCGCCGCCCCGGUGGCGGUUGACUGCACGGGCAGCACGCCAGUCAGCCCGACAGCUAACGUGUCGAUGGCUCUGAUGUGCGCUUGGGCGAGCCUGCUCGUCGAUGGAGUCGGCUGGCUCAACGCGUCUGCCGAGGCGACGGCUGGCGGCCGCACGCUGCUGCUCUCGGCGGUCCUGCCAGUUCGCACCUCGAGUGCAGCUCGCGUCCUGGCGACAUCUUACGGCUACGGCCCGAUUCCGAUGCUGUCGGCGUACGAUGCUGGGACCAACCUUCCCGUGCUGCCGUGGAACACCACCCUCCAAAGGGCGGCUCCGGCCGCGACCUGGGCGCAGCCGCCGUAUGCUCCGGCCACGACGGCGACGCAGCCACCGUACGACACGCGCUUCUUUGAGCAGCGCGUCGACCACGCGUCUCCCGCAGCCAACGCGACAUGGCGUCAGCGCUAUCUGAUCAGUGAAGCGCACUGGGGUGGACCGGGCAGCCCGAUACUGUUCUACACCGGCAACGAAGGCCCCAUCACCGGCUUCUGGGCAGCCUGCGGCUUUGUGACCGAGGUGCUGGCGCCACGGCUCGGCGCGCUAGUCGUCUUCGCAGAGCAGAGGUUUUACGGGGAGAGCCUGCCCUUCGGCCGCAUCGGCUCCUUCUCCCCGGCCGCUCUCGCGCUCCUCACGGCGGAGCAGGUGCUCGCCGACUACGCUCUGCUCCUCACGUCACUCAAGGCGCAGCUUCACGCGGCCGAGAGCAGAGUCGUCGCCUUUGGCGGCUCUUUUGGCGGCACUCUCGCCACCCUGUUCCGCGCGAAGUACCCGCACGUUGUGGUCGGCGCGCUCGCGGCCUCGGCGCCCCUCGGCUACUACUCUCCGACGUACUGGAAGGAGCGCGGGGUCGACGAGCUCACCUGGUUCAGGACCGUUGAGCGCGUCUACACUGAGGCAAAGGAGGGCUGCUACGAGACGCUCGUACGCGCAGUUCACCUAGCGAACGCCACUGCGCGUUCGGAUGGCCGCGCCGCCGCUGCCGCCUUUGGGCUUUGCUCGCCACCAGAGGAUGCGGACGCCUUCGUCUUUUGGGUCACCGAGGCGCUCGAGUCGAUGCCGCAGAUCGACUACCAGGACGCAGGCUCGCCCGUGAAUGCCACGUGCGAGGCGGUGCGGCGGGAGCUGCAGGGCGCCGAGCUGCUCGCCGCUCUCGCCGCCGUGACGCGCCGCUACUACGGCGUGGCCACCGACGCGUGUCUCCCGCAGACGAGCGCCCGUAAUUUGCAAGUGGCUGGCGGCACGCCGGGGGACGGGCCGGCGCCUGCGUCUAGCUGGGGGUACCAGUCCUGCAGCGAGACGCUGCACCCCUUCUCGAUUCCACCAGGCAGCUGGCGCCCGUACCGCUUCUCUCUCCCCGCGCUCACAGCGCUCUGUCGGCAGUACUACAACGUGACCCCUGACCUCCACCGGCUCGAGCGCUGGUCCGGCGGCUACGCCAUCGCCGGCAAAGACAGCGGCCACUCGAACAUCAUUUGGUCGAAUGGGCGGCGCGACCCGUGGCAUGGCGGGGGCUUCCUCCGCGCAGCGGACGCGUUGCCUGGCGGCGCCGUCUUUGUGAUGGACAGCACGGCCCACCACCAGGACCUGCGCCUGCCCCAGACUACCGACCCGCCGGAGCUCACCAGUGUCCGUGCCAUGGAGGAGCGCAUCAUUCGCGGUUGGCUGCGGGAGUCUGGUGUGGGAGGUGGGGUGGGUGGCCCCUCCCCCAAUACUGUGCACAGCAGUGUGUCUUAG